AUGCAUAGUCGUCACCCACCCCGCCAACGAAACGAAACCAAAAUCCUUCCCAAUGGCACCAUCGCCGGCAUGUACGACGGCCACUCCUCGCAUGUGGGCCAGAUCUUCUUCGAACAGGACCCAAUUACCGAGGUCGAGAAGACGGGUCCCUACUCGACCAAUACCCAGAGUCUGACUGAGAACGCCGACGACUCCAUUCUGCAAACGGAGGCAGACACGACUGACCCGUUCAUGGAGUAUGUUCUUCUCGGUGACAGUUUCUCGGACGGUAUCUUCGCUUGGAUCUCAAUCUGA